CCUCUGCCAAAUGCUUCCUCUACAACGGCACCAUGCAGUGGUUUGGGCCUGAGAUCCACUGUGAACCGAAGUCCUGCGGUGACCCGGGCGAGAUCCUGAACGGCUACAAGGACGGCGACUGCUUCAGUUACUCCUGCCGCGUGAACUUCCAGUGCCAGGCAGGCUUUGAACUCGUCGGUCGUAGCGACCACUACUGCCAGCACGACGGCUCCUGGAGCCCCAGAGAACUGCCUUCUUGUACACCGGUGCAGUGUGACAUCCCCGACAACCCCGACAACGGCAAGGCCAUAUUCAUGGCGGUAUCUUACAACGCCGUCGUGUCCUACGAGUGCAACUUCGGCUACAUGAUCGUCGGCUCAGCGACGCGUCGCUGCGACUCCGACAAGAAGUGGACCGGCGAGAAGCCGCAGUGUAAAGAGAUCAACUGCGGGUCGCCCGGGGUAUUGCACCACGGUUGGGUCGAGGGUGCGGGCACAACACUCAACGCUGUCGUUCAUUUCCACUGCGAGGAUAACAUGAAGUUCGUGGGUACGAGUGACCGCUCAGUGUGCCAGGCAGACGGCUCUUGGUCCCACAAAAUACCGCAGUGUUUCGCGCCGUGUGUUGUGCCCAUGAUCGACCACGGCACCAUGGAGGGCGUGACGCCCCACGAGACCGUGCCCCACGGCUACACCAUUAACGUGACCUGCGACCACAACUACGAACUAGCGUUCGGACUGGCGCAGCCGCAGUGCUUCAACGGCACCUGGAGCAAGAGCCCCAAGUGCUCUCCAGCACGUUGCAAGGAGCUCCCCCUGAGCCCCCGACACGGUAUGGUCAUCGCCCCCCGGUCCGACCACGGCACUCGUGCCAAGUACCGCUGUCGUGACGGCUUCGAACUCGUGGGCGACCGCACGACAAUCUGCCACUACGGCAACUGGUCCGGCGUCAUGCCCGUCUGUCAGGAAGUGUACUGCCCCUUCCCGGGAUACGUGGAGAACGGCCGUGUGUUGCUGGUGGGCAACAUGGGCAUGUACGACUACAGAGCUUAUGUUAAAAAGGUGCGCAACAACCGCCAAAUCAGAUACGCCUGCGACAAAGGCUUCUACCUGCGCGAUGGCCCGCCUGGGGCUACCUGCGUCGCUGGCAGAUGGAGUCCCGCCAAGCUGCCGAGGUGUGUCCCGGAUUUGCAUCCCCGGAUUAAAUGGAAUCGACGCAAAAAACGAAGCUUGCAAGAAAAAAUCGACGGCACGAACGCCGCUUUUAUUCUCCGUGCGAAUAAUCGGUCGAGAAAUUCUGGCAACUUUUCUAUUGAAAUCUCGUCCUCUGAGUCACAAAAUUCACGUGAAAUUAGCAGCGUUAAGGCCGAAGGUUAUGGAGUCGAUUCUAAACUAAGAAAUGCGAAUUCCGAAGUGAGAAAAAUGAUGGAAAAUGCUGACGAGAGAAAUUUUAAUAGUAGUAGAAGCUUUCGAAAUGAAGAAAAGCCAUCGUUGGACCCAAAAAUCAGCCCUCUUUUCAGCUCCAAAAUCAGCAAUUUAACUGCGAUAUUGAGCGAUGACUCAUCACAAGAAAUUUACGAUAUCCCUGAGAUUAAAACUGUCAAGGCCACUAACAGCUAUAACCUAAAUGUCAAUAAUGAAGAUAAUUCAAAUGGAAAUGAUCUUGAGAUCGAGAAGUCAACGAUGAAAUCAGCAAACAACGAAGGUGAAGACAUAGAGGAGGUCAAAGACGAUGAUGUUUAUAAAAGAACGGCUAUUGACUCAAACUCUGAACACUCGCAAGAGGUUAUUGAGCCCUCACAAAAAAACAUUGAGCCCUCACAAAAAAACCGUGAGCUCUCACUAGGGGUCCGUGAGCCCUCACAAGGGGUCCUUGAGCCCUCACUAAAGGUCCUUGAGCCCUCACAAGAGGUCCUUGAGCCCUCACAAGAGGUCAUUGAGCCCUCACAAAAGGUCCUUGAGCCCUUACUACAGGUCCUUAAGCCCUCACAAGAGGUCCUUGAGCCCUCACAAAAGGUCCUUGAGCCCUCACAAGAGGUCCUUCAGCCCUCAAAAGAGGUCCUUGAGCCCUCACAAGAGGUCCUUAAGCCCUCACUAAAGGUCCUUGAGCCCUCACAAGAGGUCCAUGAGCCCUCACAUGGGGUCCUUGAGCCCUCACAAGAGGUCCUUGAGCCCUCACUAAAGGUCCUUGAGCCCUCGAAGAAAGGGUUCGUAGAUGCCUUGAGUAUGGAGCAGAGUAUGCGUGGUCCUUAUGCUGAUUAUUAUCGUCUCCUGAGAACAGACGACAAUCACAAUGAUGGCGGUGCUGCUACAUACUGGGGACUGGGAACAUUUAAUGCAUUUUUCUCAAAUGCCAACCGCUACCCUAGUCCAUCUGAACCUAAUGACGUUUCAUAUUAUUCAGAUUUCAGUAAGGAUUUCAAGUCCAAAUGGAGUUCUGAGUCUCCUACAGACUUAAGGACGGUAGAACGAAGAAAAUCUUCUAAAUUUGACCUCUCGCCCGUUGCGCUGAAGCCAAGUAGCGCCGCUAAGCAGAAUGUUAUCCCCAAUCUGGACGUUCAAUUUCAACAUUCCCAUCGAAAUGAGAAGGUAAACAUAAAAAGAUUUUCCACUGAAAAUAACGUCGACAGAUACCAUGAAGAUCAGUUGGAGAUUCAUCGUUUACCAAAAAAUAAGCUCCGUUCGAUUAAUGACUCCGGCGAUGGGGACGUUCAAAGUGAUUCUCAGAAGCCCCACAGACUGAGGAGAGAAAGCGAUGCCGACGAGCUCCCCAAGCGGCGAGAGCACCGACGUAAUUCUAACAGGAAGAGGAAUGGGCGUAAGAAGAAAGGAGUGAAGGGAGUCAAAGGAAUAUUUGAACGCUGCGAGCCGUUGCCGACAGAACCUUACAUGAGGGCCGAGGUUCUGAAGCCUGGACGUGAUGAGAACUACACGUACUCUACGGGCGCACGGGUCAAGAUAAGUUGUCUGCACGGGCACGGGCUCAACAUCAACAAGACGGGCGUGGCCAAGUGUCGCCGCGGCCACUGGAAGCCCAUGAAGCCCGUCUGUGAGCCGCUGCAGUGCCGCGUCGUAGAAGCACCACUAAGCAAGUUCGAGUACAACAGCGAAGUGGUGCUCCCUGAUACGGCCAUCAGCCACGGCCAAGUGGUGCGCUUCAGAUGCGUGUCCGGCUACUCGGUCCUCGGCUCGGACAACAUGCGAUGCUGGUUCGGCGAGUGGUCCGUUACUGGCAAGAACCCGGAGUGUCAGCCCAACCCCUGCCAGUUACCGGAGAUCGAGCACGGCAGCUACAAGAACGGCUACAAGAAAGGCCUGAUGAUCACGCACGAUUCUUCCGUUGAGUACGCUUGUGAUCCUGGCUACGAAAAAGUCGAUGAUGUCAACGAAAUCAGCUGCCACUUGGGGGAGAUUGAGCCCUCAAAACCCACAUGUGGACUUGCCCCCACGUCCACAUCCUCCACGACCACGAAGGUCGUGACCACACACCCCACGACGACAGCGCCACGACCUGUGGACUCUUCAGUGAUCGCAGGCAACCGCAAGGGCGGCGAGAACAACAGACCCUUCAGCAGCGACGACGCUAAAGUGCAAGAGAUGCAACAGGAUGGAAUAGUUUACCAUGGCUCGGGUGAUCUCACUGCAGGAGGAGACAUAACCACCAUAGACAUAGAGUCUGGCAGGAAGCGAGAGUGUCCCAUGCCGCCUUAUGUCAACGACACUUCUGUCUUCAAGAACGGACAGCCCAUAUCCAAAGACGAGAAGUUCCCUGAUGGCACGCGUAUAUCGUACACGUGCAAGGAGACACAUGCGGACCCCAACAACCACGACCAUCAUCCGCACUUCAGUUGGGGAAUUAGGUGCAGCGAUGGUGCGUGGGUGGGCAACACGACGAACUGUACACAGGCGAGCGAGCUCACAGAGAUGGACUACGGCGACAUCCCGUGCAUCUUUCCAGGCGUCAACCCGCACGUCAUUACCUUCUUCCAGGACCACGAGGUCACCGAGACCAACGUACAGUUCCAGGCCGGCUCCAGGCUGGUGUCACGAUGCGUGGACAUCGGCAAGUACAAACUGAACGGCACCGUGGAGCAGACGUGCGUGUACGGCAAGUGGCUGGGGGUACUGCCGACCUGUCUCGCCCUCAGCCAGCUCGCUAACUUCUCGCGCGACCUACCACCUACCAUCUUGUUCCGUCACUACCACGGCCCCAUCGCACAGACCAACGACGGACAGCUCAUGGUCUACCCCAACACCUUCCUCACCCUAGAGUGCCUCUACAUCAGGCGCUUCGGCUCACCCAGGUGGAACGUCACCCAGAAGUCGGAAAUCCACCACCAGAAGAAAAAGAAGCGCAGGCAGAAGAUGAAAUCUGCUAAAGGAAAAGGUCGCGUCGGAGAAACUGAGAAGCGGUACGAAGACGGGUGGACGGUUGACCCGCGACGCAACCGGCAGUUGGAGUACCGUCUGUCGCUGUACAAAACUAAGGAGGAAGAUGCUGGUACCUACACCUGUACCACUCCUGAGGAGCACCACCAUUCUGUCAGAAUCGUGGUAGCACGCGUGCACUGCUCGGCUAUCAACAAGACCACGGCGCUUCAGUUUGACUCGACAUCGACGAAGCUGAGUUCUAAAAUCACCUUCACGUGCGACCCAGGGCACUACCUGGUGGGGGCGCCCCAGAUCUUCUGUAAGGCCUCCGGCAACUGGUCCGCCCCGGUGCCCCACUGUGAGAAAGUGCGGUGCGAGACCCCACGUCCCCCCGACCACGGUGUCGUGGAAGGGGAUGGACCGUACCAUGCUGGGGACAUCGUCCAGGUCUCAUGUCUCCCCAACUACAAGAUGGAAGGCCAGGGCUUCAUCGUCUGCCAGCAGAACGGGCUGUGGUCUGAGGAGGUGCCCAACUGUAACGCUAUUAUUGACCCUUGA